UUAUUUUCUUUAAUAGAAUCUCAUUUCAUGUACUUAGUUCUUAUGUAUAUUUAUGAGCAAUAUUCUAAAGUUAACAUCAGUUCAGCAUGUUUGUACUGUUAAUAUUUCUACAGUAUUUCUUUAUAGAAUUACAAUGUAUAAACGAUACAAACAUAAACAACGAAAAACAGGCGCUGCGGUUUGGGUUUCAUCAGACACAUGAGUGUCAAAAUUUUGAAAAAGCAUUUAAAUGUAUUAGAAAAUGUUUAGACGAAAAGUUUGAUGUAGCCUAUGCUGAUAAAAAUUGUGAUUGCACCUGCCGCGUCAAAAAAGACAAAGAAAAAUAUAGAUAUUUGGCAAUGAAAGGAAAAGGACAAACUCCUCCGACUACAAAAAUUCCAGCAUGGGCUCAACCUAGUGUACCACAACAUCAAGAAGAAUCGGAAGAAGAAGAACCUAGGCACCAGGAUAUCAGCGAAUCUCCACAUCAACACCAGCCUCAAGAAGAACAACAUCACGAAAAAGAAGCAAAUACUACAGUUGCUGCUGAGGAGAGUACAGGGAAUAGCGACGCUGCCUCUGCUAGUGAUCCUACCAAAGCUCAUGCCGAUAAGGUGGCCGAUGACAGUAAGACGACUAUUGACGGUAAAGCGGUUACCAAUGGUGACGCAGCUGCAGAUGAUGGGGCGCAUGCCGAAGUCCAAGCACAAACCGAUGGUGCUGCACAUGACGAUGGUGAUUCACCAGCUGAACACGAAGAUGCUCCAGCUGAAGAUGGAGAACACGAAGCAGCGGGAGAAGGUGAAGGAGAAGAAGAACAUGCAGAGGAAGAGGCUCCUGCUUAAGAAAAAUGAUUUAAUCAAAAUUAAAUUAAACACAUGUUUUUUUUA